AUGGGUGCUGGAAUGUCAGCUAUCAGCCUUCCACCGCAUCAUGCAAUACCCCAGAAUGUAUCUUGGCUGAGCGAGGCAGCGACAUCUCAAGCAGUCACUCACGCAACAUCCCACGAUGAAGAUCUACUCCUGAUACAGGAACCUUAUUGUAGAGAAGGUCAAGUAGCAAGCCUUGCCAUAUCGUGGAAAGUCUAUCAACAUAAAGCAGAAACUAAUGAACAAUCCCCCAGAGCCGCAAAAGCAUGCACCAGUCCAUCCUGGUCUCUACUAGUCAUCAAGCAAGAACGAGACUUUGUUGCCAUCUUACUAGCAUUCAAUAACGCACAGUAUAUAAUAGCUUCAAUUUACUCUUCCCCAACGGACAGUAUCACUGACACCACCUCAAACAUACUUGACACCAUACAACGAUGCCCUCCAAACUCUCUGCUUCUUAGUGGUGAUUUUAAUGCGCAUAACACCAUAUGGGGAUUUGCAGAUACUAUGACGAAGGGACAGGAGCUCGACGACUUUUUGGCAGCCAAAAACAUUGAUCUAUUAAAUACACCCGAUUCCCCACCUACAUUUGAUAAUACCUAUCAUGUGGGCUGGCCAGAUCUCACCCUCUGUUCAAGCAGCAUCGCAGUCCUGUACUGGACUGUGGUCGAUGAUGAGAGCUGCUCCGAUCACAAAUACCUUCACUUUCUCAUAAACUGUGACACGAAAAUCACAGUCCUACGUAGGUACAAGCUUCCAGGCAACAAGAUCCGCCCCCUCAGUCGCUCCUUCACACGCAUCUUAAAUAAUGAGGAAAACAACCUUGCGCUUCACAACAGCCCAGAAGGCAUGGAGAUUUUCACAGACCGACUACUUGAAAACCUUAAAGCAGCCUGUAGUGAACUACUCCCCAUACACGCGCAGCGAAGAAAAUACAAGGAGUUAAGUGGUGGACGAAAGAGCUCAGACAACAACGGCAAAAAUGCAGAGCUAUCAGACGCCGCAUACGUUCCACCACCAAUGAAUGAAGACAGGAAAUCCGAACUAUUGGCGACAUUCCGCAAGGAGCGAGCUCUUUACAAAAACAACAUACUAGCGGCCAAAAUUACCAGUUGGAGGAAAUUUUGCACCGAAAACAGCAAUCCGUAUGGUAUCCUCCACAAGCUAGCCUCAAGUAAAAUAUAUCAGCCAGCUCAAAUCUUCAUGCAGCCACCAAAUACAAUCAACGACAAUCCAGUACAAAAUACAGCCACCACAAUCCUCAACGAACAUCACCACAAUCCCCACAGACAACGCGGAAGAAGAUGCGCCGGCACAGAAAAUUGUUCGCAUGAAUACCAACAUCCCACCGACUCCACAUAA